AUGUUACCACUUGCUCUUCUAGCUUUUGCUCUCUUGCUAUUCUUCUUCUUCAAAAAACACAAAACAUCUAAGAAACCAAAUCUUCCACCAGGACCUAAAGGCCUUCCAUUAAUUGGAAACUUACACCAACUUGAUAGUUCAGUUCUUGGUGUAGACUUCCAUGAACUCUCAAAGAAAUAUGGCUCUUUAGUCUUCCUUAAACUUGGUUCAAGACAAACACUUGUUGUUUCAUCAGCUAAAAUGGCCAAAGAAGUAAUGAAAACACACGAUAUCGAAUUUUGUAACCGACCCGCUUUAACCAGCCAUAUGAAAUUCUCAUAUAAUGGAUUAGACCAAGUAUUUGCACCAUAUAGAGAAUAUUGGAGACACACCAAAAAAUUCUCAUUCAUCCAUUUUCUUAGUGUAAAACGUGUCUCAAUGUAUUACUCAGUUAGAAAAUUUGAGGUAACUCAAUUCAUGAAAAAAAUAUCAGAACAUGCUUCUAGCAACAAAGCUAUGAACCUUCAUGAGCUUCUUACUUGUCUCACAAGUACCAUAGUUUGUAGGACCGCGUUUGGUCGAAGGUAUGAAAAGGAAGGAAUUGAGCGUAGCAUGUUUCAUGAUUUGCUUAAAGAAAUUCAAGAGUUGACGAUUUCGUUCUUUUACACCGAUUAUUUACCUUUUAUUGGAAAGAUCGUUGAUAAAUUCACUGGAAUGACGAGUCGUCUCGAGAGAACAUUCAAGAGUUUGGAUGUAUUCUUUCAAAGUGUUGUCGAUGAACAUCUUGAUCCAGAGAGGAAGAAGUUGCCUCCAAAUGAAAUGGAUGUAAUUGAUUCAUUGAUUCAAUUGAAGAAUGAUCCUUACUGGUCAAUGGAUCUCACUUCUGAUCAUAUCAAACCCUUGAUUAUGAAUAUGUUGUUUGCGGCAACAGACACAAUUGCAGCCGUAGUAGUUUGGACUAUGACUGCACUAAUGAAGAAUCCAAGAGUGAUGCAGAAAGUACAAGACGAAAUUCGUAAAGCGUACAAAGGGAAGGGUUUUAUAGAAGAAGAAGAUGCUAAAAAGCUUCCAUAUCUAAAUGCAGUUAUAAAAGAAUCGAUGAGAUUGUAUCCAAUAUUGCCCAUACUUUUACCAAGAGAAACAAUGAAAAAGUGUAACAUUGAUGGGUACGAAAUUCCAGAUAAGACACUGGUGUUCGUGAAUGCUUGGGCAAUUCAUAGGGAUCCUGAAACGUGGAAGAAUCCAGAAGAAUUUUAUCCAGAGAGAUUCUUAGACAGUCAUAUAGAUUUCAAAGGACAAGAUUUUGAGUUGAUUCCAUUUGGUUCGGGGAGAAGAAUAUGUCCUGGAUUAAACAUGGCGGUUGCUACAGUGGAGCUUGUACUUGCUAAUCUUCUCUAUUUGUUUGAUUGGGAAAUGCCUGAAGGAGUAAAGAGUGAAGACAUAGACAUUGAUGGUCUUCCAGGACUUAUUAAACACAAGAAACAUCCUCUGUACCUUGUUGCUAAGAAGCGAAUUGCAUGUGUGUGAUCUUCAACAUGAAUGUUUGUUCCUAAGAUAUUACUCUAAAGAUUGUCUCUGGAAAUUAAGUGUUAGUGAAAUAAUUAAGUGUAUGGAUGAAAUUAGAUUUGAGUCUCUAUAUGUGAUAUUUUAAUAAGAGACUCUGUCUUUCUAUUAUCGUUUUUAAUAAAUAAAAAUCAUCUUUCUAUGUAGAUUGUUCCUUUGGGGUUUAUUCUAUAGAUGAUGGUUUUUGACU